AUGAAUGGCUACUGCUAUUAACCUAGUACCAAAGAAAUUAUUGAAAAUCUACAAACUAAUUCUCAGAGUCCUCAUUUAGAGUUGGUCUCUACUACUAGAUAAAUGGCUAGGUCAACCUAUUAAAGACCAAAAAAAAUAAGAAGAAACACAACUAUAUCCAUCUUUACGUAAAUUAUAAUAAUAUGAAGAUAAUAAAAUGAAAGUGAAUCUCCUAAAAAAACUUAAAGGUCUUUGUUUUUAUUAAAAAAAUACAUCAAUGUGGUAAGAAUAUCAAAAAGCUUCAUUAAUUCUUUAAAAGAAUAUCAAACUAAAUAGAAAAUAGAAAGAUUAGAUUCAAAACAAUGGAGAAAGCAAUCUUUAUUACCAUUCUAUCCUGAUCAUUUUUUUAUUAAAAAAUGGAGAAAUUUAAUUGAAGUAUUGACAUUUUCAAGUGUUAUCUUGUAUCCUAUUUAUAUCAGUUACGAAGUAAAUAAUAUAUUUGAAAUUGUAAUAUUUUUACUUGAUUUGCUCUUUAUAAUUGACAUUAUUAGGAACUUUCUGACUGGCUACAUUGAUGAAUCUAAUAAUUUAAUAAUUGAUUUUAACUCAAUUUUUAAACAUUACUUAAAAACUUGGUUCCUUCUUGAUGUUUUAUCUAUAAUACCAUCAACUAAUUAUGAAAAAGAAUGGCUUAAAAAAUUUAAAAUGAUAAGAGUUCUUAAAUAUUUUUUAAAUCAUAAAGAAGUUACAUAUAAAGGAUAAGAGAAUUAUAUUCAAUUGAUUGAAUCUUUUAAUGCUGAAUAAGAAUUUACAUUAAAAAGUGGAACUAAAUAUCUUUUAAAUGUAGGAGUAACAUCAUGUUUAUUAAUACAUAUAUUUGGUUGCUGGUAGCAUUUCUUUAAAUAAUAAAAUUAUAUAACUACUAUAUAUUGGUCAUCUUAAACAAUUACAACUGUUGGUUAUGGUGAUAUUAAUACUAAUUAUGAAUUAGCUGUUCUUUGGAUGAUUAUUGGAGUUGCUUUCUAUUCUUUCACCAUUGGAGAUUUUGCUUUGAUGAUGUCAAAAUCAAAAGUUAAUGCAGAUUAGGAUCUUCUAUUUUCUAUAGAAUAAUUAAGUCAUUCUUAGAAUUUUUCUGAAAAAUUGAAACAUAAAUUUUUACUUUUUGUAAAAAAUAAUCUAUAUCAUAAUUAAUUUUGGUUAACUGAGUAUAGGUCUAUGGCAAAAGAACUACCUCAUCAUUUAAAUUUAUAUUUAACUUUAAGCGCUAUGCUUGAUAUCUGUAAGCAAAUUCCAAUCUUUUUGUACGACAUUAAUUUUACAUCCUAUUUGUUAUUGAAUAUUAGAUAUUUAAUAGUUGAUGAAGGAUUUAUUUUAUAUAGAGAAGGUUAAAGUUCCAGUGAAAUAUUCUUUUUAUUAUAAGGGGAUAUUCGGAUUACUACAAAAGAUAAAACAGUUUUAUUGAAUAUUUUGGAAGGAACUAUUUUUGGAGAAUUUGAAGCUAUUGAAGAGAAAUUAAGAGGAACUUAUUGUGUUGCUCAUAAAAAAUCUAUAUGUUUAGUUAUUCCAUAUAGGAUAUUAAGAAGAGUUAUGUAACAAAGUUAAAUCUUAGAUUUUGAAAUCAGAUAAUUGCAUUUAAGGAGAAGAAGAUUAAUCAUCAAUCAUUUUAUUGAAGAAAAAAGUAUAUUUUUCAAAUUAAAUAAGGAAGAAAACAAGCUUAUAAAAGAUAAGAAGCUAGAUUUUAUACCUAAUCUUUUAUAUAAAUGACAAAAGAAGAAUAUGUUAUCAAUAAAAAGGCCAAUUAAAUAUUUAGUGUGGAAGAAUAUAAUAAAUCAUUACUAAAUAAAAUUAUAGGUAAGAAGUUGCAAAGACUUUCUUUAUUUUUGGUUAAAUUUAAAAGAUCUGUUUAAAGAGUUAUUGAAAUGAAUCAUUAAUUAGAUGAAACUAUACCAGAAUAGUGGAAAGAGUUAACUAAUUAUUAAUUAAUAAAGAGAGUCUUUCCAAAAGAUUAUUUAUCAGAUAAAUAUUCUUAGAUUUCUUUGUCAAGAAAAUCAUCAUCUGUUCAUUCUUCUGUUAGUAAAUUCAGUAAAAUGAAAUAUUCAACUUAUAGUUAAUAAUACUUUUUCCAAAAGCUUCCUGAAAUUAGAUUGAAACAUAUAGUUUUAUAACAUAUUAGAUUAACAAAAAAUAAGUUUGUACCUUUGUAAUAAAUUAUCAACAAAUACUAAGAUGAUCCUGAAUAACUUAAUUUAAAGAAGAAAGAAAGUGUAGAAAGAUCAGUAUGGACUAAAAAAUUUACUAAAAUUUCAUAAACAGUUAUCUUGCGAAUUGAUUAGAUAGAAGAGAGUGGAGAUAAAUAUAAUGAUAUAAUGUAAAGAAUGAAAAUAAUUGAAAAAUUAUGGUUAAAAGGUUCAAUGUACAAGUUUGAAUGGUUCUAAAAUAAGUAUGGGAAAGAUAAAAAAUUUUUAAUAUGA